AUCCACUACCCAGAGCACGUCUUCCUGCUACGCGGCAACCACGAGCUGGCCAGAAUCAACAACACCUACGGAUUCCUCCAUUCCUGUCGACGACUCAUCCCCAGCGAUCCCAACUACGGCAUCGAGGUCUGGAAGGAAUUCCAGCGCACGUUCAACCUGUUAUCGUUGUGCGCCCUCAUCGACGGCAAGAUUUUGUGCAUGCAUGGGGGGAUCUCGCCCGAGCUGAGCGGUCUCGACGAUUUGCGCCAGUUGAAGAAACCCUUCAAAAACCCGGCACGCGGCCUGGCCAACGAUCUGAUGUGGGCGGACCCGGACAAAGAGCCAUUCAACCACUGGCGAGGCAGCAAGCGUGGCAGCGGCUUCAAGUUUGGCCAAGACGUGCUGGAAGAAGCGCUGGACCGUCUGGGCGUCGAGCUGAUCGUGCGGGGCCACCAAAUGUGCCUGGAGGGCUACGCGCUCGAGUGCAAGCGGCUGAUCCUGACCAUCUUCUCGGCGCCCGGCUAUUGCGCACAGUACCGAAAUGCUGGCUGCGUGCUGAAGGUGAGCGAGGACCUGGAGUGCAGUCUGAUCGCCUUCGUACCGGAUGGAGAAGGGGUGCAGGAUAUGCUGGAGAAGGGCGGCCGCCUCUGGGACACCGAGGUCGACGAGUUCUACAAAGCCCAGGCGCCCCAA